AACUGUUUUUUUUUAUUUGGUUAUUCUUUUUCUAAGCAAACUAAUAAAUGGACAACACAAAAAAUUGCAAUACUUCUGUAUCAACAAAUAAUACUACCAUGUUUGAAGUGUUAUACCUAGGUCACAUAUCCAUGCUAAUCUUGGUUGGAAACAUACUUGUAAUACUGGCGUUUUUUAAAGGACCCAAAAGAAUAAGAACUUUUACCAACUAUUUUGUGGUCAACCUGGCAUUGUGUGAUCUCAUGGUUGGUUGUGUUUCUGUACCAUUUUGGAUUUGUGUUCAGCUAGGAAUCGGAGAACGUUCAAUUUGGCAACAUUUAAUUUCGCUUGAUGUUCUGUUUGGAACAACUUCGAUUCUUUCUUUAGCUUUAAUAAGUUUAGAGCGUAUGGUAGCCGUAAAAUAUCCGACACAACAUUUUAAUUUACCGAACAAACCGGUAAUAGUAAGCAUUUUUAUGACUUGGCUGAUUGGAAGCAUUUAUACCGCCAUUGUUAGCGCUUUUUUAACUAGACAUGAAAAAAUAGUUACAAUACUUAUUUUUAUGUUAGCGUUUGCACUGCCUUUAAUAGUGAUUCUAGUAUCUUAUUUAAUUAUUUUUUCCACGGCCUAUGGAAUGAUAAAACCUGACAAUAACGAAGAUAGCAUUCGAUUAUCACGUGACAUUCGAAUUGCAAAAACAAUAUCUGUGAUCAUUGGUCUUUUUACUAUUUGUUGGUCACCUUUUUUUAUAGUGAACAUUGCUUAUGUUUUCACCUCUUGCAUGAAUUGGAGUAUUCCACUUCGAGUUUCUAAAAUUUUGCACUAUAGCAACAGUAUGAUGAACGUUUUUGUUUACGCAAUACGAAGUCCCGAUUUUCGUGAAAUGUUUAAAAACCUGCUUUUAAGGUGCAACAAACGGGGAGUAAAUGGAAGACUGAAUUCUUUUUCUAUAACAUCAAUAAUUAGUCGUUCCAAUUCUAAAAGUGUAAUUCUGAGAACCGGAAGCUCAAAAAUCUCUAAUUCAAACGCGGAAUUAUCUUCGAACCUUUUGUUAAACAAUGAUGCGAUGCAUCAGAGCACAACAAAUAAAACAAACCAAUAGUUUAAAUUAUCAUUUAUUUUUGAUUUACCAAACUAAAAAAGGUUUCAAAAUUAGUCUUGACACGAGUUUUUAUCAAAAUACUUUUUUCAAUCAAGUAAUCAAUCUUUGUUAACGAAAUUAAUCAACAUCAAGACUUGUUAACGAAACUGUGCAUGGUGUAUGGUGCAAGGUGUAUUAUUUCACGACAUAGUAUAGAGUUAAAAUUGGUAACAAUAAAUAUUGAAUCCUAAUUAAAAAUCCAUAAUAAUAAACAAAAAUGACCAGGGUUUGUGGAGUUGAGAAUAAUACUGCUAACGCAGAAAUGGCGGAGAACGUACUUGGCUUAUAAAUUAUCCCUAGUGACGAUAAAGAAAAUGGUUCACUGAAUAAAUAAAAUACUUUUUUUGAAAGACCAAUUUUUUCAAAGUAAAAUGACUCAUAAAAAAAUGUGUAUCUAGUAUGUCACCCAUAACGUAUUGGUUUACUUCUUAAACUUUAAUUUGUUAAAAAUGUUACACAAAAGCUAAAAAAAGUUAUUUUUUAUGUAAA